GUCUUUCAAAAUUCUCAAGGGAACAUCCAUAUCCAUAACAGAAGUACCCAAUUUUCGUAGCUCGUUUUUGGCUUAAUUAGGCAACAUUCUGGCCUAGGUCCUCUAAAUUGUUCUCUAAAUUAAGGAGCAUGCUGUGAUAUGAAGAUUCUGAUAGACCAGCGAUAGACCUUCGUAGAAAUGCCGCCCAAGAAGUGUUACUGCCCCGUCACUCACGUCAUCUUCGACUGCGAUGGCACCUUGAUAGAUAGCGAGGGCAUCUACCUCAGAACGGUGCAAGAGUUGGUGGCUCCAUUUGGCUUGACGUACAGCAAAGCGGAUCAGACGCAGUACAUGGGAAUGCCGAUGUGCACGUUCUCCCACCAAAUCGUCAAGGAUCUCAAUCUGCCGCUCUCACCUGCGGAAUUUCGCCAGCGAUUCGAUGCAGCCACUGAGAGGAAUAUGAAGAGUGUGAAUUUGCUGCCGGGGGUCAGGGAUCUGAUUCUCCACUUGCACGAAUACCGCAUACCCUUCUGCAUAGCCACGAGUUCGUAUCGAAAGGGGUUCAAGGUGAAGGCCGAGUCCUUCAAGGACAUAUUUCUGGCCUUUCACCACGUCGUCUGUGGCGAUGAUCCGGCACUGGGCCCGGGAAGAGGCAAGCCCCAGCCGGAUAUAUAUCUCCUGGCCGCCUCGCGAUUCAAUCCGCCCGCAGAUCCCACCAAGUGCCUGAUCUUCGAGGAUGCUCCGGUGGGCCUAAGAGGUGGAAUAGCAGCGGGAUCCCAGGUGGUCUUCAUUCCCACUGAACACGUUUCCAAGCCGCAGAGAAAGGGCGCCACCAAGGUGCUCAAGUCGAUGGCGGACUUCAAGCCGGAGCUGUUUGGUCUCCCAGCCUUUGACACCUGCUCCAAGUUCGAGUUUGGCUAACACCCAGCACUCCAAGUUGAUCUGUCAAAAUUAUACCAAGUAAUCUAUCUAUAAAAUAAAAAAUAUCCCAAAAUUA